AUGCCCAGCGCCCGGCCCCAUACCUGCCCAGCGACCGGCCCAGUACCUUCCCAGCGCCUGGCCCCGUACCUGCCCAGCGCCCGGCCCAGUCCCUGCCCAGCGCCUGGCCCCAUUCCUGCCCAGCGCCCGGCCACGUACCUGCCCAGCGCCCGGCCCAGCCCCUGCUCAGCGCCUGGCCCCGUACCUGCCAGCGGCCGGCCCCAUACCUGCCCAGCGCCCGGCCCCGUUCCUGCCCAGCGCCCGGCCCCGGGGUGGCAAGAGGGGGUUCCUCCUGCCCGCGUGCCCUUCAGUCGCACGCGCAGCUCCGCCCCCGACCCCUCCCCCCCCUCCAUGGGGAUGGCGGGGAGAGGGGGAGGAAACUUGGAGGUUCAGGAGGAGGCAGGAGGGGAUCUGCAGCACCAGGUCCCCCACCUUUCUCCUACCUCCCCCUGCUGCGGGAGCAGCAGAAGGGGGGAGGGGACCUGCAGCACCUGCCCCCCCCCCCCCCCCCCCCCCCCCCCCCCGCCCCCCCCCUUCUCCUCCAUCUCUCUGCUGCGGGUGCAGCAGUGGGGGAAAGGGUAUGGGGGUGGCGGGUGUGGCCAACCUGCUGUCGCCCGAGCGGCUCCUGCACCGCCCCUUCUCCUACCUCCCCCCUGCUGCGGGUGCAGCAGUGGGGGGGGAGGGGAUCUGCGGCACCAGCCCCCCCCCCCCCCCCCCCCCUCCAUGGGGAUGGCGGGGAGAGGGGGGGGAAGCUUGGAGGUUCAGGGGGAGGCAGGAGGGGAUCUGCAGCACCAGGUCCCCCACCCUUCUCCUACCUCCCCCUGCUGCGGGUACAGCAGUGGGGGGGAGGGGAUUUGCCAUCCCCCUGCUGCGGAUGCGGCAGUGGGGGGAGGGGACCUGCAGCACCAGCCCCCCCCCCCCCCCCCCUCCUCUCCGCCCUUUUCUCCUCUCCCUCCCCCUGCUGCGGGUGCCGCAGUGGGGGGGAAGGGAUCUGCCAUCCCCCUGCUGCGGAUGCAGCAGUGGGGGGAGGGGACCUGCAGCACCAGCCCCCCCCCCCCGCCCCCCCCCCCCCCCCCCCCCUCCCCUUCUCCUCCACCCUUGCUGCGGGUGCAGCAGUGGGGGGAGGGGAUCUGCAUCAGCAGUGGGGGGAGGGGACCUGCAGCACCAGCCCCCCCCCCCCGCCCCCCCCCCCCUUCUCCUCCACCCUUGCUGCGGGUGCAGCAGUGGGGGGAGGGGAUUUGCAGCAUCAGCCCCCCCCCCCCCCUUUUCUCCUCCACCCCUGCUGCGGGUGCAGCGGUAGGGGGAGGGGAUCUGCAGCCCUGUGCUGCCCUGCAGCCCUGCGCGCCCUAUGCGCCCUGCUGUCCUGCUGCCCUGCAGCCCUGUGCGCCCUACUGCCCUGCUGCUGCCGCUACAGCCCUUGCUGCUGCCCUGCACGCCCCGCGCGCCCUGCAGCCCUGCUGCGCCCUGCGCGCCCUGCUGCCCUGCUGCCCUGUGCACGCGCCAUGCACAGCCCACCCCCCCCCCCCCCCCCCGCCCCAACCCCCCCCCCCCCCCCUCUCCCUUCUUCUUCCUUCCCCUGCUGCAGGUGCAGCAGUGGGGUGGGGGUAUGGGGGUGGCGGGUGUGGGUGCAACUGCGGGGUGGCGGGUAUGGGGGUGGCGGGUGUGUGA